GGCAUGCAAAAAAGAGAAAGUAAACUUGCGAAAAGGGGAAAGUGAGAGAGUGAGAAGGAUGAUGUCGAGGAUGAGAAGCGCUUUCACUGCUUGCUUCACUUCAAACGCUAUUCAUGACAAGGGCUUUCUUGGAUUUCUCAGACACGGUACUCCUGCUCUUACCACUACUAGUUCUUGUUGUCGUGUUAUUGCAUUGCUUCGAUUGCAUUCACUUUCUCAAUCCCCCACUUGCCCUAACCCUAAUCACAUUCCCAAUCAUCUUACAAAACUUCAACAAUUACUUUUGGAGAAAUCUAGAGUUGGUUUUGAUAAGCCUGAUGACGCUCUUCGAGUGUUCGAUAAAAUGCACCGUAUGAAGCCUCUGCCUAGUGUUGUCGACUUUACUCAACUCUUGGCCGCCCUUGUCAAGACGAAACAUUACUCCGUGGCUGUCUCCGUCUUUUCAAAGAUGUGCUCUUUUGGCAUUCCUGUUAAUAUAGUUACUUAUAGUACUGUUAUCAACUGUUGUUGCCAUUUGAAGCACAUUGAUUAUGCCUUUGCGCUGUUGGCUGCCAUCUUUAAGCGUGGUUUCAUCCCUACUAUCGUUACAUACACAACUCUUGUUAGGGGGCUCGUUUCCCAGGACAAGUUUCUCGAGGCUGAGCUUAUGUUCUCUUACCUUCUCCAGCACAAUCAAAUUGAGCCUGAUGCAGUUAGCUUUAACACCAUUAUUGACGGCCUCUGCAAAACAGGCAACACUUCCCAGGCUAUGAGGUUGCUUAGGUACAUGGAGAAGAAAGGUUGUAUGCCGUGCGUAGUAACUUACAACACUAUUAUUGAUAGUUUGUCCAAAGACAGAUUAGUCGAUGAUGCUUUGGGUCUUCUUGCUGAAAUGAGUGACAAAGGCAUUCAACCAAGUGUUGUAACCUAUAACUCGUUAAUUCAUGGUAUUUGCAACCUCGAUCGGUGGGACGAUAUUAGCAAAUUGUUCAGAGAUAUGGACAGACACAAAAUUUCUCCAAAUAUGCAUACCUACAGUAUAUUGGUUGAUGCACAUGCCAGAGAUGGAAAGGUCAAAGAUGCUGAGUAUCUGAUAGAGUUAAUGAUUCGAAGAGGCCAACAUCCUGAUGUAGUCACGUAUAGUGCACUCAUGGAUGGAUACUGCUUGCGGGGAGAAUUGGAUAAAGCGUUAGUGGUGCUCAGUACCAUGAUAAGUAAGGGGAUUUUGCCUGACACUCAGACCUAUACUAUAUUGAUCAAUGGUUAUUGUAAGAAGAUGAAAGUAGACACGGCAAUAACUCUCUUAGAAGAAAUGCCCAUGAAAGGUUUAACACCUACAGUUGAAACGUACAGUACUAUUUUGGAUGGCUUAUUUCGUACGCGUAGGCUUGAUGAAGCACAUAUGUUUUAUAGGAAGAUGUUAAACCAAGGUGUUAAACUGAAUAUAGUGACCUGCAGGAUCUUGUUGCAUGGACUUUGCUGCAAUGGACUUGCUGGUGAAGCAAUGUCCGUGUUUCAUGACAUGGAGUCAUGUGGCUUACUUCCUGAUAUACACAUUUAUAAUAUUCUGAUUCAUGGAUUGUUCAAGGACGGCAAGGUUGACGAGGCCAGAAGCCUUUUUCAUAAUCUUCGUUUGAAGGGUUUACGGCCUGGGGUCAUAUCUUACACCAUUAUGAUCCAAGGAUUCUGUCAAGAGGGGUUGCUGGAAGAAGCAUAUAAAAUACUUUUGGAAAUGGAAGAAAACAAUUGCUUGCCUAAUGAAGUUACAUACAACACUCUUAUCCGUGGAUGCUUUAAGAAUAAGAUGUAUGAUGGAGCUUGUGUACUUAUAGAUGAGAUGUGUGCUCAUGGUUUCAAAGCAGAUGCCUCUACCACCUCCAUGCUAUUCGAUUUGCUGCAAUCGAAGGAGCAGGACCCCGCACUCCUUGCUAUGCAGAAGAAGUUCAUGCCUUGAGUACAGCAAUGAUAGAGUUUAUUAAGAUGCCUCUACCACCUUCAUGCUAUUCGAUUUGCUGCAAUGAAAAGAGCAGAAACCCGGUCUCCUUGCCUUGCACAAGAAGUUCAUGCCUUGACUACAUCAAGGAAAGAGUUUUGUAAGCUACAAAGUACUUCUAAAUCGCUAUAACUUUAUAAUUGUUUGCUACGAAAUUUGAAGGCAAUAAAAAUUUGAAGUAAACCUUUUGCC